UACGCGCAUUACCAUUCUUGGGGACAAAGCACAGAACACUCAGAGGGCUAAGUGUUGCAACUGACAUACGUACAAAUUUCUAUGGCAGCACUGGAAACCGACUCCCAAUAAAAGGAGGCGAAGUCUUCGCAUAGGAGGCGACCUUUGAAGCACUCCUUAAAAGCAGAAAGGGAAUUUGUCAAGCAGCCGGGAUAAUCUCGUGUGCUAAGGUUAAAGGAGGUCUCGAAAAGAAACUGGCAUCAUUCCUCUUCCUGGCAAUCCUAGAAGACUAUGCGGAUCCAUUUGAUGUUCAGGAAACUGGUGAAGGCCCAACAGGAGCUUCAGGAGCCCCAGAGAAGGUCCCCGAAAAUGAUGGCUACAUGGAGCCCUAUGAGGCCCAAAAGAUGAUGGCUGAGAUCCGGGGCUCCAAGGAGACGACAGCUCAGCCGUUGCCUUUGUAUGACACGCCCUAUGAGCCAGAGGAGGAUGGGGCCAGCCCGGAGGGUGAGGGGGCCUCCUGGCCCCGAGAGUCCCGCCUGCCCGAGGAUGACGAGAGGCCCCCUGAGGAGUAUGACCAGCCCUGGGAGUGGAAGAAGGAGCGGAUUUCCAAAGCCUUUGCAGUUGACAUUAAGGUCAUCAAAGACUUACCUUGGCCUCCACCGGUGGGACAGCUGGACAGCAGCCCCUCCCUGCCUGACGGGGACAGGGACAUCUCCGGUCCAGCCUCACCCCUCCCUGAGCCCAGCCUGGAGGACAGCAGCGCCCAGUUUGAAGGAUCUGAGAAGAGCUGCCUGUCACCUGGCCGGGAGGAGAAGGGGCGGCUCCCUCCCCGACUCUCUGCAGGGAACCCUAAGUCAGUCAAGCCCCUAAGCGUGGAGCCCAGCAGUCCCCUGGGGGAGUGGACAGACCCAGCACUGCCUUUGGAAAACCAGGUCUGGUACCACGGGGCCAUCAGUCGAACAGAUGCCGAGAACCUGCUCCGGCUGUGCAAGGAGGCCAGCUACCUGGUGCGCAAUAGUGAGACCAGCAAGAACGACUUCUCCCUGUCCCUCAAGAGCAGUCAGGGCUUCAUGCAUAUGAAGCUGUCCCGGACCAAGGAACACAAGUACGUGCUGGGCCAGAACAGCCCACCCUUCAGCAGCGUCCCUGAAAUCGUGCACCACUACGCCAGCCGCAAGCUGCCCAUUAAGGGGGCCGAGCACAUGUCUCUGCUCUACCCCGUGGCCAUCCGGACUCUGUAGAUGUGAGGCCCAGGCACUGUGACAGAUCUGGAUCCAGCCCUGUGCCCGUCCCCUGGCUGAGGGCUGUGGCCCUUCCCCGGUCCGCAAGAUCUCUCGAGCGUUUCUUCCCUUCUCCCUGGGAUGGAAGCUGGAGAUUCCUUAAUUUAUUCUAAAGGGGAAGGUCCACUGGGGCCUCGGAGUAAGAGAGGCAGUCUGGAGCUGAGGAUAGAGGGAUCCUUGGGAAGAAAGGAUAGCUCCUGGAGGAAGGGGGCUUCAGAAUGAUGUCCUGAGGAGUUUAAGAUCGAUAGUUCCAGCCCCUUUCCGCCCCUAGGGCAGAGGUGGCGACCCCCUACUCCACCACCUUCUUCCCCGUGGUGUGGAGAGGUGGAUGCGGGGUGGAGCUGUACGCGGCCGGCGGGGUGGCCCGACCACCUCCGCCCGCCCCCACCCCAAACCCCGGUGGGCUCCUUCCAGAGUCUGGUGCGGGGCUUCGGGAAAGCAGACCCCUGGGAAGGAGAUGGCAUGGGGGCGGGGAAGGAUGGGAAGGGCCGGAGGGAACUUGUGCAGGCCCCGCGCCGCCCCGGCUACGGGCCAGAGGCAAUAAAUAAACCCAUUCCUGCCAGGCA